AUGGGGUGCAUGCUAUUACUUUUUGUUGAUAGAACUCAUUUGCUUGGCAAGUAUGGCGGGAUUCUGUCAGGUGCAACUGGUAAAGAUGGCAAUGAGGGUAUCUUCCAUGUAGCAUUCGCUGUGAUUGACAACGAAACAGAUGAUAACUGGACUUGGUUUCUUACUACUCUCGGGGAGGCAUUGUAUGGUGAAAGUGAUUAUGAGGAAGUUAUUAUAUUUAUCUCAGAUCGGUCGAAGGGUCUUGUUAACGCAGUCGUGCGCAUGUUCCCAUCAUCGCCGCAUGGUUAUUGUCUUCGCCAUUUGGAAGCCAACUUCAUGAAGGCUAACGGCAGGCUUGGGAAAGCAUUGAAAGAACAAUGUUGGGUAGUAAUCGUGAAAAUUGCAUAUGUGUACGCAUCUAAAGAGUUCAACGAUGUAGUCAGUGAACUUGUAGCUAUAUCGACCAAUGCACAUGAUUGGUUUAAACUUAUGAACAUGCUGAGUGAGCGGCGUGAAGUGUCCGCCAUGUGGGACACAUACCUUUGCCCUGAGAAACGCAAGAAGGUUGAACAAAUCAUUGAAAGCAGUCGGUAUUUGCGGGUGGGACGAUCAAGUGAUGACACUUACGAAGUGGUUGACGAUCACAAUAGUGCUAUCAACCCACGCUGCGUGGAGUGCUCUGCAGGAGAUGGGAAGUACAUGGACUCCGUGUAA